AUGUCAGAUCCUCAAAAUUACACUGUUGGCUGGAUCUGCGCCCUCACUACCGAGUUCGUCGCUGCACGGGCCUUUCUUGACGAGAGACACGACGGACCGAGAGAAGUUUCCCAGCAUGAUAGCAACAUCUACGCACUAGGCAAGCUUGGUAAUCACAACGUUGUUAUUGCCGUCCUGCCUGAUGGAGAAUAUGGUAUAGCCUCGGCCGCCGUUGUCGCUAGAGAUAUGUUGCACAGCUUUCCUAACAUCCGACUUGGAUUGAUGGUCGGCAUCGGAGGCGGCGCGCCGAGUGCAAAGCACGACAUACGCCUUGGCGACGUCGUAGUCAGCAGUCCGCGUCACGGGAAAGGCGGAGUUUCCCAGUACGACUUUGGCAAGACGAUACAAAACCAGAAUUUCUUAGAAACAGGGUUUCUGAAUCAACCGCCGAAGGUACUGCAGUCGGCCGUAGCCGGACUCAAGGCCAUGUAUGAGGCCGACGGCCAUCAGCUUAGCGAGGCUGUUAUGAGGGUUCUUGAGAAGUGGCCGCGACUUCAAAAGAAGUACUCACAGCCACAUCCUAGCAGCGACAGGCUAUAUAAAUCGCACGUUGUGCAUGCUCCAGGCAUAGAGGAAGACUGCAUUGAACUGUGCGGGGACAAUCCAUUACAUCUAUCACUGCGUCACGAGCGGGACAAGGACGAAGACAACCCGGCCGUUCACUACGGACUAAUCGCCUCUGCAAAUCAGCUGAUGAAGGACGCUCUAGUCCGGGAUAAACUGGCGGCCGAAAAGGACGUGUUGUGCUUCGAGAUGGAGGCAGCCGGCUUAAUGAAUCACUUCCCCUGCUUGGUCAUUCGGGGUAUAUGUGACUACGCCGACUCGCACAAGAGCAAGGAGUGGCAGGGUUUUGCGGCCAUGGUGGCUGCAGCGUACGCCAAAGACCUUCUUCGCCAAAUCCCACCUAACAAGAUCAAGGCUGAAAGGAGAAUGGCGGAAGUCCUGAGCUCGAGUAAGUGUCCUAACUCUUUUCGAUGUCAGUAA